AUUCAAAACCCUAAACAAAGAAACUUUUUUUCUUCUUGUUAGUGCUUCAGAGAAAAUUCUGUCAAAAUGUGUCCCGCCAAUAUGGUUUCAACUGAUGAGAAAAAACAAGAUUCAUCAAUCAAGAAACAACAACCAUUGCAGAUUAUCAAUCUCGAUCAGGGUGAUCCAACAAUGUUCGUUGAAUAUUGGAAAAAAUCAGGAGAAAAAAGCAGUAUAAUGAUACCAGGAUGGCAUAAUUUGAGUUAUUUUCCAAAUAACAAUGGUGGUAAUGUUUGUUGGUUUUUAGAAAAAGAAUUUAGUGAUGAAGUCAAGAAACUGCAUGAAUCAGUUGGUAAUGCUAUUACAAAAGAUCGUUAUAUUGUUGUUGGUACUGGUUCAACCCAAUUGUAUCAAGCUGCACUUUUUGCUCUUACUUCUACUGAUGAUGAUGAUUCUUCCUCCAAGCCUAUGGAUGUUGUCUCCGCGGUACCUUAUUAUUCGUCAUAUCCAGCGGUGACGGAUUUGCUAAAGUCAAGGCUAUACAAAUGGGGUGGUGAUGCUUACGAAUUUGAUGACAAAAAUGAACCGUACAUUGAAGUUGUUUGCAGUCCUAAUAAUCCAGAUGGGCAUACCAUGGAACCAGUGGUGAACGGGAAAGGAGGAAAAUUGAUCUAUGAUCUCGCAUAUUAUUGGCCUCAAUAUACUCCUAUUACUAAACCAGCUGAGCAUGAUAUCAUGUUGUUCACUGUCUCUAAAAGUACGGGUCAUGCCGGCACGCGUGUCGGGUGGGCUAUUGUCAAGGAUGAAAAGAUAGCAAGAAAAAUGACCAAGUUCAUCGAGCUCAGUACAAUUGGAGUCUCCAAGGAUUCCCAAUAUCGAGCUGCAACGAUCAUGAGAGCUGUGACGGAGAGUGGGCAAUCGAUAUCUUUACAGCUUGCUGGCAAUUUCUUUGAGUUCGGUAAGACAAUCAUGGUAGAUAGGUGGGAGAGGUUGCGAAAGGUCGCAGCUGAAAAUGGAGUUUUUUCCUUGCCUAAAUACCCGAAGCAGUACUGCAACUACUUUGGAGAAAUAAGGGAAGCCCAUCCAGGUUUUGCGUGGUUGAAAUGCAAUCUUGAAAAUGUAGAGGAUUGUGAAAGCCUUAUUAAGGGAAAUCUAAAGAUUUUAGUAAGAGGGGGGAAGAACUUUGGGAUGGAUAACAAGAAGUAUGUUAGGAUUAGUCUGCUUGAUCAAGAAGACAAGUUCCAGAUUUUAUUAGAUAGGUUGGCUACCGUCUCAUCGGCAUCAACUAAAAUCAAAGCAUGAUCCUGGUUUAUCAGUCUGCCGCAGAGAUUAGCUGGAUACUCCUAAAGGCAAAGAGGCUUAUUAGCUGGAUGCUCCCAGAGGUCUUGACAUUAAUUCAGGCCUCAAGGGGAGGAGAGGAUUGCUCUCAACUUAAUAAUAUUGCAUGAAUAUAGAGUACUUUGUUCUCGUCAUUGUUGUUGGAUUAGGAUCUUGUAAUACUUGAAUGAAAUCUAAUGUCAUUUUAA